GGACAAAUUAAUUGCUUUCUAGUGUUUUAAGAGUGCUUGUUUUCUAACUCAACAAUCAUUAAUACUUUGAAUCAUUAACAUCAUCUCUAUUGUUUCUAUUUUCUUCUAUAGUUCUCCAUGUUGUUGAUAUUUUAAUUAUUUUAUUUACUUCUAUUUCUUUUACCUUUUUCUUCUUCUUUUUUGCUGACGUGUCAGUGAAUAUUAUAUUCUUAAGACUAAAUAUUCCACUUUCUUUUAAAUGAAUAAGAAACAUGGGGAUAGGAAAGACUGAAUAUGUAUUAAAGGUAAAACCACACAUGACCUUGUUAAGCAGAUCUACUGUAAGCUGUCAAAAUCUGCCAGUUACCAAAUCCACAAACACUGACAGAUAGUGUUAUCUGGAUCAUCCAGCAGUGUUCAGCAAUUUAAAGACAGAUUGCUGAUCUUAACUGAAAUUGAUAUCUUUCAUCACACUUCAUCUGGCUGUUGCAAGUGUUAAUAACUGGUCUGUCCAGUUCAGUGUUAUAUAAUGAUGCAAAAAAGCUCUCUCCUUCCCUUAAGCCAAUCUAUUUACACAUUAUAAGAGCAAUGUUAUUUUGACAUUUAUAUUUCUGCCUUUUAUACGCAUUAAUGCCACCAGCAAACAAUAGAUAGUUAGUCAUACACAUGCUCAUAUGCAAACAAGAGUCUUUAUUCUCUGGUGAAACUAUGCCCCUGUUAAAAGCACAUGAUGAAUGAUUUUCAGGUGAAGGGUAAUGGGCGUUAUCACAAGUGACACAUCACUAACCUGAGCAGUGACUUCGAGGAACUACUUUAAUUUAGAUGCACACCUACUUGAGACCUUUUAUGGGACUGUCUUAAACAACUGAUCUCCAUCCUUUGUGUGUUUGAGUGUGAAUGGACGAAUCCAUCCUCGCCAGUCUCACGCUCAGGAUUGUGUAAUAAACAGGAUGACUUCUCAACAGCCCAGGUCCUUUGUCAUGUCACACCACUCCAACCAGUGGAGCUCUGAAAUCUGUGACUGCUGUCAGGAUGUCCCAGAGUGUUGCUUCGCGUUUUGGUGCUUCCCCUGUUUUGCCUGUUCGACGGCUCGUAAGCAUGGUGAGUGUCUGUGUCUGCCUCUGCUCGACGGAUUUGGAUGCAUUCCACCAAUAACAAUGGCCAUGAGAGUAUCAGUGCGCAAUCGCUAUGGAAUCCAGGGUACAAUCUGUAAUGAUUGUGCUUAUUCCACCUUCUGUGGCAUCUGCGUCUGGUGUCAGAUGUCCCGAGAAAUGAAUGUCCGUGACAGCAACAUCACCCUUGUCCACACUCGAGGAAAAUAAAGGCAACUGGGCGACCAACAACUUCCCUGCUGUUCCACAGUAUACACUAAUAACAAAGUGCGUCACCUAAAAGGACCCUCAAUUAGAGACUAUCAGUUUACAUUAAAUCUGCACCAUUGUAUUUGUUCCAUUUAAUAAAAACAUUUUGAAGUUU